UAAUAUUUUCUGAUUUUUCUAACCCCUAAAAACUCUACCACCAACACACCGAACAGAACAGAGCCCGGCUCUCUUUUCUCUCUUUUCUCUCUCUCUCACAAAAGCCUUUUGUCAUAUUGAAUUUCGAUUUCCGUGUCAAGCAAGCAUCCAUUUCUAAUCCAUUCCCCUAACCCUCUCCCUCCCAAGCUUUCUUAACCGAUGGGCAAUACCAAUCCCAUUUCCUUCAUCAAUUCUUGUUUCUCUUUUUAGACCCCCCCUUUCUUUUUUUUCUUCCCUCAAUUCAUCAAUCAAUAUUAUUAUCAACACCAACCCCAACUCCCUCCUCAAAGCCUCACUCUCUCUUCUUUACUUCUCUUCUAAUUAAUCCCUUCUUUUUCUUUUUUUUUUUAAUUUUUUCUCCCCCGGCCCUCAAACCUACCAGUUUAUUUUUAUUUGUUCUGUUCUUGAGGUGUGGAGUGAAGAUCGUUUGUGGGUUUUGAAUUUCUGGGUUCUGGGUUGGUUUUCAAUUUUGUGUUUUUUUGGGCAGAAAAAAAAAUAGAGGAUAAGAAAACAGAGUUUUUUUUUUAGGAUAGGAUUAGGAUAUGGGGCAAGAGAUAGUGGCUGUGGCACCGCCAUCAACCCCGGUUGCAGGCGGAGGAGGAGGGGCGGCAGCAAGCGGCGGUGCGGGGGGAAUUAAUGUUGCUAGGCCCAUGGGGGCGCCGCCACCAACGUCUCUGGCGCCGGGGUUCAGGUUUCAUCCUACAGAUGAGGAGUUAGUGAGGUAUUAUUUGAGGAGGAAGGUUGUUGGGAAGCCCUUUAGGUUCCAAGCGGUUAGCGAGAUCGAUGUCUACAAAUCUGAGCCCUGGGAACUCGCAUGUUAUUCAUCUUUGAAGACAAGAGAUCUGGAGUGGUACUUUUUCAGCCCUGUUGACAGGAAGUAUGGUAAUGGGUCUCGCCUGAAUCGUGCCACCGGCAAGGGCUACUGGAAAGCGACUGGUAAGGAUCGUUGUGUGCGCCAUAAGAAUCAGACAAUUGGAAUGAAAAAAACACUUGUUUUCCAUGGUGGUAGAGCACCUGAUGGAAAGAGGACAAACUGGGUGAUGCACGAGUACCGACUAGUGGAUGAAGAGCUAGGAAGAGCUGGAGUGGUACAGGUUUGUUAACAGGAAGUUUUUGAAUUUUGGUAUGUAUUGAUUGCGAUCUAUUUCCAACUAUGGAACUUACUAGAGUCUGUUGUUAUCAUGGGAGGAAAGGAUGCGUUUGUCCUCUGCAGAAUUUUCCAAAAGAGUGGUCUUGGGCCACCAAAUGGUGAUCGUUAUGCCCCAUUUCUAGACGAGGAAUGGGAUGAUGAGGCAACUCUUUUCAUCCCUGGGGCAGAGGCUGAAGAUGACAUGGCCAAUGGUGAUGAAUAUAUGAAUAAAGCUCCUCCUGGCCAAUGUGAUCAAAGUGAGCCCCCCCAGGGAAUACCAUUUAUUUGCAAGAGAGAGAAGUCUGAGGAACCGGAGCUUCUCUCUUUAGGGCAAAAUAAAAGGGCAAGGCAAGAUGAUCCUAACUCCAGCCAUGCCAAUGGUUCAGAGGACUCUACUACUACGAGUCAGGAACCUACAACAAUGAUGAUGACGACAAAUAACUUUUCUUCUUCACUUUUGGAAUUUCCUUUACUUGAAUCCGUCGAACCUAAAGAAAGCCAGCCAGCAAGCACUGUUACAUUUGACUCCUCCAAUCUCGAGAAAUCUGUGCCUCCUGGCUACCUGAAAUUCAUUAGCAAUUUAGAGACUGAGAUCCUCAAUGUGUCCAUGGAGCGGGAAACCUUGAAGAUCGAAGUGAUGCGAGCACAAGCCAUGAUUAACAUCCUUCAAUCGCGCAUUGAUUUGUUGAACAAGGAGAACGAAGACUUGAGAAGACUUGUUCGUGGAGGCUAGAUAUUUCCUGCUGGCAUUAUGUAAUUUAGUUUUUGUAGUUUCCGGCUGGUAUGCGAGAUUCUCUUGUGGCAUCAGUUCUCCAGAGAAGGGAGAGGUUGAUUGAGAGUCACCGAGAUAAUCUAGUAGCUUCUUCAUCUGCUGUAAUAUUUUUUUUCUCUAGUUUCUUCUUGGUGCACCGGACAAAUGUAUGGAAGCGAGAGGCUGUAAUUAUGCCUUUCCUAAAUAACUUAACUAAAUAAAGCUUCUGCUCAUCUUCGUAUUUCCCUGUCUACACAAUUCAUGUUUCUAGAGAUUGUGCUGUACCUUCCAUGCAUUUUGAAGGAUUUCUCUGGAUUAUGGAGCGAGAAAAUAAGGUUUUUGUUGCAGGUGCUCUCCAACAACAAUCUGAUGUUAUCUUGAUGUUGGAUUUCUGCCACGUUAUCGUUUAUGCUGGAUGGCAUUUUCGGUUUCUCUAUGAUGGUGGUUUCUUUGGCACUUUGCGUAGGGAAGAAAUGGGUACUCCGUUUUGCCUGCUUAAUUGGUUGCAACAACUAAACGCAACUCUGCUGCUUGUAUCGGUAAAUAUUAGGCAUUAUCUCA